AUGUCCAGUGGAAUCUGCGCAAAGUGUGCGAAGCCGUUCGCAGCUGGCUCGAUCUUGAACGCCCUCGACAAGCGAUGGCAUCCGGAGUGCUUCGUGUGUGCUGGCUGCAAACACCAGCUCGCCAACCAGUCCUUCCACUGCAAAGACGAGGUGCCGUAUUGCGUCAACUGCUGGAAGGAGAAGUUCCAGCCACGGUGCACGAGUUGUGGGAUCAUCAUCGAUCCGUCGGAGCAGUUUGUCUUGUACGAAGAAAAGGCCUACCACAAGGGGUGUUUCAAGUGCGCACAAUGUCAGGCCCCCUUGAACGGCAAGCAGUUCUGCAUCGUCAACGGCCAGUACCUGUGCCCAGAACACGUUCAGUAA